GUGACGGGAAGGAGGCGGCGGCCGGGCUCCGGCGGGAAGUGGGCGCGGAUGGGCGCGCGGCGGCCGCCGAGCAGGAUGGCAGCGCAGCCCCCGGGCCGCCCGCAGCGCCCGGAGCCCCGCUGAGCCGCCGCGGGGACCCGCGCGGGAGCCGAGAUGUGCCUGCGCCUGGGCGGCCUGAGUGUGGGUGACUUCCGGAAGGUGCUGAUGAAGACGGGGCUGGUGCUGGUGGUGCUGGGCCACGUGAGCUUCAUCGCGGCAGCCCUGCUCCACGGCACGGUGCUGCGCUACGUGGCCGCCCCCCACGACGCCGUGGCUCUGCAGUACUGCGUGGUCAACAUCCUCUCGGUCAUCUCCGCCAUCCUGGUCAUCACCUCGGGCAUCGCCGCCAUCGUGUUGUCACGCUACCUGCCCAGCAUCCCCCUGCGCUGGGCGGUCUUCAGCUCGAGUGUGGCCUGUGCCCUCCUCUCUCUGACCUGCGCGCUCGGGCUCUUGGCCUCCAUCGCCGUGACCUUUGCCACCCAGGGCCGGGCGCUGCUGGCCGCCUGCACUUUUGAGAACCCGGAACUGCUGGCCCUGGCCCCCGACUGUCCCUUCGACCCCACGCGCAUUUACAGCUCCAGCCUGUGCCUCUGGGGCAUCUCCCUCGUGUUCUGCGUGGCCGAGAGCGUGUUUGCCGUGCGGUGCUCUCAGCUCGCCCACCAGCUGCUGGAACUGCGGCCCUGGUGGGGGAAAAGCAGCCACCACAUGAUGCCGGAGAGCCCGGAGCCGGUGGAGAGCCAUGACCUGAUGGGCGGCCCCAGCUCCGCCCCGCUGACCCUCUGACAGCGGCUGCCUCAGCCACACCCCGUGAGCACGGGGUCCCACAACCACAUCUGCACGGUGCCCAGCCGGGACUCCUGAGCUGGCCCGUGAGGGCUCGGUGGCCGUUCCCGGGCCGGGGUGGGGAUUGUGAACCCCGCCCCAGCCACCCAGAUCUGCACUGAAGUGAGACUUUAUUCCGAAGUUAUUAAAAAGAACAGACACUCGGCGGAGGCAUGCAGCAGGGGAGGGGCUCGGCCGGGCCCGUGCUUUCCCACGCAGGAUGGGGGCGGGGAAGGGGGGGCAGUUAGGUGUGUCUGCCCCUGUGUCUUCGGGCCUGUGUUCAUCCACGUGCUGAAAGGCGGGCAGGGGUUCCUGGGAUUGGGAGGUUUUCCUUUUGCAGCUUGGCCUCCAGCCAGCAGAAGCUGCAGCAGGAAGGGAAGGGUGGCUCAAGGAAGCUUCUUCCUUAUCCCCCCAACCCCCCCCCCCCCCCCCGGGAUCUCCCCUCCCAAUAAAAGGCCUGGCUCCGCA